GUGAAGAGUUUACCUUCUUGAAGGACCUUUCUGAUAUGGCAACUACUGAAGAAAGUCAUUAUGUUCUCAAUAUUGCUAAUUCUCUCUAUGUGCAGAAUGGAUAUCAUAUCAGUGACAAAUUUCUGCAGUUGGUGAAAAAAUACUUUAAAGCUGAAGUAGAGAAUAUAGAUUUCAGCCAAAGUGCAGCUGUAGCUACCCACAUCAAUAAGUGGGUGGAGAAUCAUACAAAUAAUAUGAUCAAAGAUUUUGUGUCUUCGAGAGAUUUUGGUGCUCUAACUCAUUUGGCUCUCAUCAACGCCAUCUACUUUAAAGGCAGUUGGAAAUCACAGUUCAGACCUGAAAAUACAAGAACUUUUUCUUUUACUAAAGAUGAUGAAAGCGAAGUGCAGAUUCCAAUGAUGUACCAGCAGGGAGAAUUUUAUUAUGGAGAGUUCAGUGACGGCUCCAAUGAAGCAGGCGGUAUAUAUCAAGUUCUGGAAAUACCCUAUGAGGGAGAUGAGAUUAGUAUGAUGAUCGUUCUUUCCAGGCAGGAAGUUCCUCUGGUCACAUUGGAACCACUGGUCAAAGCCUCACUGAUUAACGAAUGGGCUAAUUCUGUAAAGAAGCAAAAAGUGGAAGUGUAUCUACCAAGGUUCACAGUAGAACAGGAAAUUGAUCUGAAAGAUGUCUGGAGAGGUCUCGGAAUUACAGAGCUGUUUAGCAGUAGUGCUGACCUCACUGGGAUGUCUGAUAACAAGGAACUUUACCUUGCAAAGGCAUUUCACAAGGCAUUUCUAGAAGUUAAUGAGGAAGGAUCAGAAGCUGCUGCUGCCUCAGGAAUGAUUGCCAUUAGCAGAAUGGCAGUGCUGUAUCCCCAGGUUAUAGUUGACCAUCCCUUUUUCUUUUUGGUCAGGAACAGAAGAACAGGUACUGUAUUAUUCAUGGGGAGGGUAAUGCACCCUGAAGCAAUGAAUACAAGUGGCCAUGAUUUUGAAGAGCUUUAACUGCCACCAGCUACCAAAAAGAGGAGAUAAGCACAUGAAGUUUGAAGUUAAUAUAUUUAAGGUUUGCUGUGUUUUCCCCCAAGAUACUGUUUAAUAUGCUUUCAGAUCUAAAUGUGUGCAAGCUAGUUUCCAGAGGAAAGCUUACAGUAUUAAAGUAAUGGUUCUGUUUCUGUCAUUGUGAUUGCUGUGUCCUUAAAAUAAACUUGUGUACAUGUCAACAA